UCUCUAUCUCCUCCCAGCCGGUUGUUGUUUUCGUCAAUCAGCUGAUCACGUUUCUCUCCCUCACGUUAUUUUCGUCAAUUAUUCGCGAAAAUGGCUUCUCUACGCUGUGUGACGAGGCUCACUUCGGUGUACAAACGAGGAAUUGGGGCCGGCUAUGGCUUGGCUUCCCACCAGCUUGCUCCGGCUUGGGGUGCUGCACAAGUAAGGCUGAUGAGUGCCCUCAGUCCAGAGUUUGAGUCGGCUAAGGCUAGGCUCGGGACUCUAUCGGAAGACCCAGGCAACGAGGCCAAGCUGAAGAUCUACGCUCUGUUCAAGCAGGCCACUGUGGGGGCCGUGACUACUAAGCGUCCGGGCAUGAUGGACUUUGUGGGCAGGGCCAAGUGGGACGCCUGGAAUAGCCUCGGAAACAUGAGCCAGGAGGAGGCACAGAAGAACUACAUUGCCUUUGUGAAUUCUCUGGCUGGGGCCGAGGAAGAGCAAGCCAAAGCACAAGCUGAAUCGGGCCAGAAAUACAAGAACUUGCUGGUAACUUGCGAGAACGGGUUGAGGACCAUCACCCUAAACCGACCGUCCAAGAUGAAUGCCAUCACUGUGGAGAUGUACGAGGAGUGGAUUGCUGCCCUCAAAGAAGCAGCAGACGACCCAGCCACAGUCAUCACAGUGACGACGGGAGCGGGCAACUACUACUGCUCGGGCAAUGACCUCUCCAACUUCGCCAACGUUUCUCCGGAGAACAUACACGAACACUCAAAAAAUGGUGGAGUUUUGCUCAAUAGGUUCGUGUCAGCGUUCAUCGAUUUCCCAAAGCCUCUCAUCGCAGUCAUUAACGGCCAUGCCAUCGGUGUGUCUGUCACCGUCUUGGGACUCUACGAUGCCGUCUAUGCCACAGACAAGGCAACUUUCAACACGCCAUUUAGUAACCUCGGCCAGUCCCCUGAAGGGUGCUCGUCCUAUACCUUCCCCAAGAUCAUGGGCCCUGGCAAGGCGAACGAGCUGCUGCUCUUCAACAAGAAGAUUACUGCCCACCAGGCUUGCGACCUAGGGCUGGUCACAGAGGUGUUGCCCGAUGCCAGCCUGCAGCAGGAGAUCUGGCCUAGAUUGCAGGCCUAUGCAAAACUGCCCGUCAAGUCUUUGGUUUAUUCAAAGGCCUUGACACGUGACAUAGAAAAGGAUGUGCUGCACAAGGUGAACGACCUUGAAUGCGACCGGCUGGUUGAGCGCUGGACCUCGGACGACUGCAUUAAGGCCGUCAUGAACUUCCUCAGCCGCAAGAAGUAAUUCGGUCGAGGCCAAACACUUGCCUUCCUCUGGUUCCGUGAUUUAUUUUUUGAUGCGAUUGUUUGCUUUUUUUUAUGUUUUCAUUUUUGUGUACAUAUAUGGUGGAAAUAUGUUCGGAGUUAUAUGUACAGGAGAUCUGAAAACUUGUAUAGUUCAUAGUUGAAUGUUGUUAUUAUUAUUAUUAUUAUUAUUAUUAUUUAUUUAUUUUUUUAUGAUUCAACAGUAUUAUAUUUUCUCUGUAUUUUUAUUUUUUAUUUUCUGAGAGUAUAAUUUGAAAUUUACCUCUCACACAGGGGAUCACUUUUAUGAACAAUAUCAGAAAAUAAUUACGGAAAUGUAUAUUUUCCCGGUGCAUGUUAACGAGUUUCAUAGAUUUUGGCAAAAUAGUUACUGAAUAUAGUCCUUUUUAUUUUAAGCUUAUCAGCAAAUGUGCCUAUUCUUCUGGCUUGAUUUAUAAUAUUAUGAAUAUUAAUGUAUAUUCACACAUCUUAAAACAAUAAAGGGAACUUUGGUAUUGGCAUAGAUUAAUUAAAAAUCAAAGUGAAAGAAAUCUGAGAAACAUAAAAAAAAAACAGAAGUAAACAUUAUUAGAAAUGUCACUUUUAAAACUCUUAUAUUUGUAUAGAAAAAAGUCUCAGAACUGUAUUCAUUUCAUCAUAUUUUUGUAUAAAGAAAUAAAAAAAAUACUUGAAUUAUUGAAAGCCCUGGUAAAGUUAAUGACCUUAUGAGAAUAGAAACCUUGUUGCUUAUAUAGGAGGGAGUUCAGUAGUAUUAAUAGCCAUAUUACAUGUUUCUUCUGAAUUACAAUGUCAUGAUGAAAAAAAAUAUAGAAAUACAAAAUAUAUCCUAAGAAAUAAUUUAAAUAUUUGAAACUAUUUUGUUUAUAUAGCAUGAUGUUUUUAAUGAGCAUGUUCCUUUGCACAGGCAAUUGUCAAUGCAAUUUCUUGUUAAAGCAAUUAUCAAUGCAAUUAACUGUAAAUAAACCUCUUGAUAACAAUAUAUAUUUUGGCAAAUGUUGUUA